AUGUCUCCUGAUGCCGUGUCGUUGUUAUUUCCCGAUCGGCCUAUUCGGCCCCUGCCGAAGCGUCGACUUCGCGAGAGAUUAUCACCUGAGGUUGCCAACUCGAUCAAAUAUCCCUCCUACAUCCAUGACCACGUUCCUCUUUUCUACUACCCAUCCUACACCACGAGAGAUGAUAAUGGAACAUCAACCUUGACGACAAUUGGCUCCACUAUUCAACACCACCGUGAUGAUUCUAAGCGGAACUCUACGUUACGGCGGAAUGGAGCUGCCAUGACGGCUGUAAUCAAUGACGAAUUGCGAGGAUCGCUUGUAAUGGGACCCUCACCAAAAUUCCAGGGAAUGGUCAUACAGUCUUCAUUGACAUUGGACCCGCUUCGCCAAACGAUUGAAUUCCCACUAAUAGCGUCCACUGCUUCCUCAGUGGAUGGCUAUGAGUCUUUCGAAAACACCAAUAACAAAAAGAAACGGAAAAUCCCCACUACUGGAGACUCAAUAGCGAAUAACGGCCUUUCUUUAAGCAGCGACGUUAACGCAUUGCCGACUUCUAUACGACCUCGAUCGCCGGUGAACGAAGUACACAUUGGUAGAGCGCAGCUGCCCCCGGCAGGGCUUUCGGGAAAUACUUCCCAUGUGACAGGCAGUCAAGGAUUGUCUGGUUCUGGUAGAGGGAGACUUGGACGGUUAAGAAAUGGACGUAGCCCCUUACGAGCUUUGCCAGACGGAAGCAAUGCAUGGUCCAAUCGUUCAAAAGCUGGUUCAUCCCAAUGGGCAUCGUCUGGUCAAACCGGAAGCGGUAUUAUAUCUACUGCAAUCGCUACUGCUGAGAAGGUACCUCUACAGGGACAGGAGAAUGGAAGUCUCUUGCAACCACGCGUGGCCACAUACAGGGAAAUGCCUGCCUCUACGCAGUUCACAUUCACUUGUGAAUCACAAACACCCGGUGCUAUACAGUGGCCUGGUCGUCCCGUAGGCCAUGGCACCCCAGCCCAGUCGUUACAGCACUUACCAACUGUGGCUCCCCCGAGCCCUGGCUUACACCAGAGUGCUUCAUCGAAGCAAGCUAAUAGGCUCCCCACUGGCUCUACCAGGAAAACUCGCAGUCGCUUAGAGAGGGAACUUGUCAUAGCUGCGCGCACUCGGCGGCAGAUUGCGACAGAGAACUAUUAUCAUAGCCUCCCAGACUCAACGGAGAUUUGGAUAUGCGAGUUUUGCGAGUAUGAGCGUAUUUUUGGCGAGCCACCUCGUACUCUUAUUCGAGAUUACGAAAUUAAGGAUCGUCGACAUCGGCAGGAAGAAGCAGAUCGAAAGCGAUUACUAGAAAAGGCCAAAGCAAAAAGCAGGAAGGGGAAGAAGAACAGUAAAAUAGCCACGAAAGGUGGCCAUUCAGCCGAGCAUAUCACGGAUCAACCCCACGCAGCAGCUCGACCAUCUGAUAUUUCCCCUGCUCUAACAAAUGAACGGGGUCGCUCGACCCAUUCCGAUGACGGAUAUGAAGACGACUAUGAAGAUGAUUAUUCAGACGCACCGCCUAGACACAUGCCAGCCGUUGCGAGUACCCACGCAGAUCCUCUACCUCCCCCUCGAGCGAAAACAUAG